CUACUCAUACUCAUUCAACCCAGACAAUGGUUCUAUUUAAGGUUACAGUCACCUUGUCACAUAAGACACAAAUCAACGCCAACCAUUUAUUCUAGUAUCUUGUUUAACUCUUCUUGCUCCAUUUUGCCGUGCUUCUUCUUGUUCGCAAAUAAUGACGGUGAGGAGGAAUGAACCAAGGGCACUUAAAGCGCCCAAAAAUCGGAUGGGGGACAUCCCCAUAUUAGCAGAGGCGAUAAUGUUAUGUUACACCCAGAGACGCUACAUCUUCAACUCGCCCAGAGCCAUAGCUCACGCUGUGUUGGACAAGAGUAACAAAACGAUUGGAAGUGAAUGCCGAGAAAGAAGUGAUUGUGCAGAAGUGAAAGGCCGCGAAAUCUUGAAGGACUUAUACGAGUUGAAGAGAUUGUUGAGACAUGCCAUGCUUUUCAGCAGCCCCAAACGCUAUCUAGCAUUUCUAUUUCCAGCGGGGUUCGAAGGCGAGGAUGUCCUCCAAAGGGAGAGAACAUCUGGGUUUCUGAGGCCUGCUUUCACGGUUAUACGUGAUAAAGAAUCGAAAUGUUUGGUGGUGUUCAUCCGUGGAACGCGUAGCAUAAAAGACAUUGUCACAGAUGCACUGUGUGCUCCUGUGCCUUUCAAUCACAGCAUGGUUUCAGGACAUGCACACUGUGGUAUGGCUGCUUCGGCUGAUUGGAUUAGCAAACGCUGCAUUCCUGUAUUACUUGAAGCUCUUCGUCAAUACCCCCACUUCAAAAUCAAGAUCGUUGGACACUCGCUUGGUGGUGGUACUGCUGCACUCUUGACUUAUAAGCUUAGAGAAAUUCAACAGUUGUCUUCAGCAACUUGUGUCACAUUUGGCCCAGCUGCCUGUAUGACAUUGGAAUUAGCUGAAUUUGGGAAACCCUUUAUCACUUCUAUAAUAAAUGGUUCUGACACAGUGCCUACACUAUCAGCUUCUUCUGUUCAUGAUUUCAUUGAUGAGGGUCGGAAUAAGGAUAAAAACAUCUUAGACGCAGUUGGAACUGGCUUUUCUUUAGCCAAAGCCAUUGCAGAACAUGCAGUAAACUGUUGCACCGAGGUUGUGAAGAAACAUAAACACUCAUUGUUCCACCGUGAGAAUAUUCGCGCAUUGUCAGAGAACUUGGUUGAAGCUUCUGGAUUAUCUGGGACAAGUUUUGAACCUCUUUUAAGUGAAGAGCACUUACUCAAAGAAUCUAUUGAUGAUGAUGAAUAUAAUUUUUCGAGUGAAGGAUAUGACAAUGAUGACUCAGAUGACGAUAAUGAAAAUGAAGAUCAACUGUUGAAUGAAAUGGGGAAUCUUGAACUAAGAAAACCUGUUUAUAUCCCUGACAUUCAUGCUAAGGAGAAAGAUAUCAUUGAUGAAACAUCAGCUAGGCGACGUCUUUAUCCACCAGGCAAGAUCAUGCAUAUGAUCACUUCACAUAUGUCUGAAAAUUCCAACUCAAACCAGAGUGAUGCUGAUGAAAAACAUGUCUGCUUAUAUCGAACGCCUACACAGUUGUAUGAAAAACUCAGAUUUUCAAGAGGAAUGAUACUGGAUCAUCGCACAAAAAGGUAUAUGAAGAAGUUACAACAACUAAUCAAUAAACUAGAGAAAGAGCAAUUCAAAUAUCGUGGAGGAUGAACCAAAGAAAAACAAAUGAAAACUAUAAUUGGUACUAAUUUGCUCAUGUGGAAUCUUAGAAUUAAAAUUAAUCCUCUUGAUUCUAUUCUCAAGUGUUUAUUAUGAGUAUAUAUUAGUGAUAGUUGAAUAGGUAACAUAUUGUAAUAGUUUUUUAGGGGUUUGUUAUUCCUUAGAAGUCUCUGAAGAUAAUUUCUGCUAAAGAAUAAAAGUUGUAUUUGUUUC